AUGGCAGCUUGUAAACAUUGCUUAGUAGAGUUUCCUUGUCAAGUUCACAUUACGUUUUGUCCUUCAUGUGGAAUUACACAAACGGAGAAUGAACGAGAAAUUAUUGAAAAUUAUUUUCAUGCUGGAUAUAAAUACGACCUCAUUGUUUGUUUGCUGAUGAAGAAACAUGGUAUUGAAAUGACUGUUCGUACUCUCAAAAGACGUUUGAAAUCAUAUCAUUUGUCUCGUCGAAAUGAAAACAUAUCUGAGGACAAUGUGACAACCCUUCUCAGGCAAGAAAUGCAAGCUGCUGGAGGUUCAUUAGCCGGUUAUCGGAAGAUGUGGCACAUUCUUCGAAUUAAACAUUAUGUGCACGUUCCCCGGAAACUUGUUGCGACAAUUCUAAGACAACUUGACCCAGAGGCAAGUAUUAGAAGAAGAAGGAAAAGGCUUCAAAGGCGUCAGUAUAUUUCUCAAGGUCCCAAUCAAUGCUGGCAUAUUGAUGGAUAUGAUAAAUUGAAGCCAUUUGGUUUUCCUAUCCAUGGUGCUGUUGAUGGCUUCAGCCGGAAGGUUUUAUGGUUGGAAGUGGUAAAGUCAAACAAUGCUCCUGAAUCAGUUGCACAGCUCUACUUGGAUGCUGUCAGAAGAUACAGAGGUUGUCCACUUCAAAUAAGAUCUGAUUGUGGUACUGAAAAUGGUUUGAUUGCUGCUGCUCAAUGCUAUUUUCGAGCCAAUGAUAGUUGGCCAAUGGAAGGAGAACAAGCUCAUACAUUCGGGACAUCUACCCAUAAUCAGAGAAUUGAAAACUGGUGGUCACAUCUUGAAAAGUCAUGCACAAGUUGGUGGAUCCAGUUUUUUAAAGACUUUGUUCAGCAAAGGCAGCUGAACUUGUGUGAUGACAAUGUUAAACAAUGUUUAUGGUUUGCCUUUAAUGGAGUUGUUCAAAGUUCUCUUGAUGAAGUGCAAUUAUAUUGGAAUACACAUCAUAUAAGACCGUCAAGACAUGAAACUCUCUCUGGAGUACCUGAUAUAUUGUUUUCCAUCCCAGAGCAAUAUGGAGGCUUUGAUUGUCUAGUCCAAGUCCCUUAUGAGAAGCUGCAGGAAGUUGAAAUGAGAAUUGCACAGCAAGAAACUGAAAAUGGGAAAAUAUUCCAAGACUAUUUUAAUUACUUAGUGGACAUUCAACAACUAGAGUUUCCAGAAGACUAUAAUGAUGCUACAAAUAUUUUUGAUAAUUUGAUGAGUUAUGUGUAGUUAAUAUGCAGUACU